AUGGCAACAAUUCGUUGCAAUGGUAAUUGGGUUCAAUUCAAUUCCCAUGAAAAUCAAUGUUUUGAAGACCAAGAAGAAGAAGAAGCUCUAUCUCUCUGUGAUCUUCCCACAAACGACCAAGAAAUCAGCACAAAUUCCAAGAAAGAAGAUGAAGAUGAUACAGAAGACUUCGAAUUCGGUUCUUGUCACGGCGGCGCCGCCGCCCUAUUACCGGAAAAUAUGUGCAACGCCGACGAGGUCUUCUUCCAAGGUCAGAUUCUACCGUUACGACACUCAGUCAGCUCCGACGCCGCUGAGUUUAGCCGGAAAAUUAAUCGGUCGGCAUCGAUGAGUGUUGUUAACAGUAGAAGCAACAGAACCGACCCGAAAACGAUUCGGUUAUCAAACGGGUAUAAGUACAAACCCAGAACCCGAAACCAGUUCCAUUCACACCCGAGUCCAUCACCACAGAUCCGAACCCAAAGCUUUCGGACUCUCUCACAUUCCAACCCGAAAACGUCUUCGUUAUGGAGCUUUUUACAGGUGGGGUUAUUAAAACCGCAAGAAAUCGGGUUAUCGGAUCUAAAAAACCGGAGCAAAAGAUUCGGAAGCCAUAACAGCAACAGCAGUAGUACCAGUAGCAGUAUGAACAGCACAAUCGAACAAAACCAAAACCAAAAUCAAAAUCAAAACAAGAUCGAGAAUCCUCGGAAGAACACGAAGAAGAAACAGAGGUUACUUUUCAGUGGGUGUAAAUGCUCUGCAGAUUCGAUCGAAAGUACGAGAAAAGAAACGGUUGGGAAAAAGGAAAAGACGAAGAAGACGACGACGACGAUGACAAAAGAAGACGACAUGUUUCAGUUCCAUGAGAAUCGGAAGGAAAGUACGAUGAUCGGAGACGGAAAACAGGCGGUUUCACGUCAUCGAACGUUUGAAUGGUUAAAGCAGCUAUCGAUUGCUGCACCAAGUGAAGCUUGA